AGUCCGAGUCUUAGCAGUUCUCCCUGUCAGGCUAGCACAAAUAUGAGAGUGCCAAAUAAUGCACCAUGUGAGCCCGUGUGCUCUGAUGCUCUCGGACUUCUGAGGCUUUUUGGCGAAUGGCUAUUCCCAGUGGGCCCGUUACUCAGACUUCAGUCAAUAUUCCGUUGGUCUUCGGAGGUUCCUAGCAUGUUCCUAGACAUAUCAAGGCUGCAUGAAAUGAGUGUCUCUGGGGCUUCCAAAGUUACCCAGUUGUUUCGAGAUCUCUGGACGGAUUGCCAGUGCUGAACCAAUGGAUAGUCCGGAUCCCUAUGUACUUCACGCUGUAACUGCAGAUUUUUAUUCUCAAAAUCCGCAGAUGGAAGACAACCGACUCAAAACCCAUCAUAUUGAAUUCGAGGUAACCUUUCGCACUAUUCUCAGUCUCAUACCCGAAGGCGUGAAAGCGAAGGUAUCGGAUAUUGGAGGGGGGGCUGGACCAUAUUCAUUUGCGCUCGCUUCAAGUGGUCACGACGUAACGCUGGUAGACCUCUCACCAGGCCUCGUCUCACUCGCUCAAACCUGCGCAUCCUCAACUCUAGCCCACCCUUCCCGAAUCAUGGUAGGAGACGCCCUCACCCUCGCUGCCCUCCUCCCGGAGGAACAACGAACAUUUGACAUUGUGCUUCUUCUUGGGCCGCUUUACCAUAUCAUGAGCUCACAGUUAAGAGAAGAAGCGGUCCAUCAGGCUUGGCAUCGAUGGGCGCAUUACCGUGAUUUGGCGACGAGGGAACCAGAGAGGUUAGCUAGGAAGAGGGAAUUUUAUGAGAAGCAUGCUCAGGAUGGAGAUUAUGUUAGACGGAACGAGGAUGGUGUUCCUGUGCAUGCGAUGAAUCAUGAACACCCCUCCCAGAUGCCUAUGAUAUUGAGACGACUAACGGGUGUGCAAACUGUGAAGAUGGUCGGUGUGGAGGGUCUUCUCGCUGGCAAUCUUGACAGACUUGUGAAUGAUCUACAGGGCAAGGAGUUCGAGGCAUGGGCCCAGCAGUGCAUGGAAGUUGGUUUGGACGAGUUGGGCUGGAUGAUGUCUGACCAUAUCAUCGGCAUAGCUCAAAAACUCUCCGGAAAUACCAGGUCCUGAGACUGCUUGAGACUCGGACGAUCACUGCCCUCCAUACCGUUACCUUCUGUUACCUUGGCACACUUGACCCUGAAUGGGCUGUAGUUUACUGAU